AUGUUAAAGUUUGAAAUAGUUUCUUCGCGGACUGUGGAGGCCGUUGAAAAGGAGAAAAAGUUUGUGGCAUAUAUGUUGCAAGUAAGACAGGAUUCUACUGAGUCCCGAGUAUUUGAUCCUGACCCAGCAAAUGUCGAAAGGAGAUAUACACAUUUUUUAGAUUUGUAUAAUGGACUAAAAAAGGAGCACCCGUCACUAAUCAAUAACAUUUCAUUUCCGCGGAAGAUAGUAGUAGGCAACUUUGAUCCAAAUUUAAUAUCAACACGUUGUUCUGCAUUUGAGUCAUUAUUAAAUUUAAUAGCAAAUGAGUCACGUCUCAGGGAUGCCCCAGCAGCUAUCGCAUUUUUUCAGAAUGCUGAACUAAAAGACGCUAGGAAAUUAAUUGACGAAGGAAAAUUUGACCAAGCACUUUCUAUUUUGGAAACCAGCUUUAAAUUAUUAAAUAAGGUUUAUACAGACAGAUCACGAGUUGUGCUAAGUGUUCUAUGUAGAAUUGUGGCAUGUGCAGGUUCCAGUGGUGGAGCCCUAGCUGGCCCUGUUGAGAAAUGGGCACAGCUUGCUUUAAGACGCUAUGAAGCCGUUAGUGACUCUGAUUUGUUACUUAUCUACAUUCCACUGCUUCAUACUUGCAUCUCUAUUUGGGAAACAUUAGGCCGUGAUAAAUCACAACUAGUAGAGGAAUUGAACUCACUACGCAAAAAGGGAAUGAAAGUGGACUCUGUACCAAGCCUGAUGGAAGCUGUAGACAAUUUGGACACCACCAUA